AAAAGGGCCUACUUAAGAUUAUCCUAUCAAUUUAAAUAGACAUCGGGAACAGAAUCCCGAUUAAAGAUUAAAGACGUUUCCAAUAGAUUCACAUAAUCUUGUCAAAUCAAAAAAUAUCUGUUUGCUUUAUCUUUGAAGUGUAAUAUUUUUAUAUAAAAACCAUGAAUAUAUUUAAAGUAUUUACUAUAUAUGGAAGUAAUAUCAAGGACCAAUCCAAACCUAAUGUUUGGAGGGCGAGCGGAGUUAAAUUUAGAUGAACUGCUGACGUGAUUACAUCGUUUACACGCUCUUACAUUCAACUUCGUCUAUAAUUCCCUUUCGGCAGGUCCUUUAAGCUUUUGUCAUGGGGAAAGAUAGCACAGCACAAAAUCUUGAUUUGGAGAACUGGAUGAGAGAUUUACCAGCUCAACUCAAAGAUAUUCCUUUGAUUUAUUUAGCUAUACCAGGUAGCCAUGACUCAAUGACGUAUGGUAUAACACGUUCCAGUGGCCUCGCUCCUGACGCUGAACCCAUCCUGCACAGACUGUACCCUCUGUUCCGAGGUACGAUCAUACGUUGGACCAUAACACAAGCUAUUGAUACCCAGCAACAACUUCUCAUUGGCAUUAGAUAUUUUGAUCUCCGGUUGGCUACAAAAAAGGAUGCAAGCAACUUUUUCUUUACACAUGGACUCUAUGCUGAAGAGAUAACUAAAGCAUUACAACAAAUUAAGGAUUUUAUUGAUUCACAUCCUGGAGAAGUAGUCAUAUUGGAUCUUCAGCAUUUCUAUGGUUUCACAGCAGAAGAUCACCAGAAAUUAAUGAGAUACUUACUCAAUCUUUUUAGAACUAAACUUGUUCCACGACAAAUCGAUUUACAGGCCAUUACACUUAACUCUUUGAGUAGAUUGAGGCAACAGGUAGUAGUGGUAUACCGGUAUCAGUCUGUGAACGCUAUCAGUGAGUUUUGGCAAUCGCAAUUAUUGCCAUCACCCUGGCCUCAACAGGACCGCACUACUGGACUUAUCAACUUCUUGCACAACAUUACUAGGCGUCCUGGCAUCGGAUUUGUUCACCAAGCAGUAUUGACACCGACCCCUCAAUUUAUUGUUCUGAGAUGGAUAUCAAAUUUGCGUGAAAAAUGUGCCGUGCCUGUGAAAAAUGUAGUAUUGCCAAGAUUGGCAGAAUUAUCACCUGGGCCACCGUUAGUGAAGAGUCCUACACAGUUCGCACCUGUCAACGUGGUAAUAGCAGACUUUGUAGACUUGGAUGAUGCUAUAUUCCCUAGGACUAUUAUAGAGUUGAAUUUAAAACUUUUAAGGAAUACUGAUCUAGUUUAUCAUAAUUAUGGGUAAGAAAUACUUAAUCAACACGUCAGUAAUUUAAUUCUUAAAUACUCUAAGACAUUACAGUAAGACAUCCAUUUUUACUAUCCUAUUAAUAUCAAAAUCUCAAUUUUAUUUUGAUACUUUUAUUACCUUUAUGUACCUAUAGCUUUAAAUGUGUUUAUAAUUCAGGAAAUAUUCCAACACAAAUGUACCUGUAAUUUUUUAAUACUUUUUAUCGCCCUGUGAUAUUUGCAUAUUUUUUUAUCAGUAAAUAGUUUAUUGUAUAGUGCCUUAUGAAUAACAUUUAUAUUUUGUACUUAAGAUGUGCAAUAUAAAACAUCGAACAAAGAAUUUUAUUGGAUUUUUUAAUAAAAUUUAUUUAACACA